GUACUCAGAUGGUGGGAAUAUAAAGUGGCGGCUGUUUUGUCAAUUGUGCUUCACACUGACUGACUAUGAUUGGCGUAAGCAAUAUUACUAAUAGGACGGACCCAAACAGUCUCAAGUCGCGUGUUUUCGUUGGGAAUCUUAAUACAGUGCACAUGACAAAAACAGAACUUGAAUCUAUUUUCUCGAAAUAUGGAGCAGUCGUGGGAAUAUCAGUACACAAAGGAUAUGCGUUCAUUCAAUACGCAAAUGAGACUAAUGCACGAGCCGCAGUUAUUGGUGAAGAUUCAAAAACCUAUUACAAUAUGGUUUUAGAUGUAACCAUAGCAUCCGAACCGAAAAACCGCAAGCGAGGGAGAUCGAAUAUUGGUUCGUCGCUUCCAUCCUGGAACCCCUUGACAAGCACUAACCUUUCAGAACUUGCCUUACAAGCUCAAGCCCUUAGCAGUAUAACUGGAAAUUCGGUUCUAUCACUACAGCAGUUUGGUUUAGAAGGUAUUAUGGGUCAGCCUAACCUCGUUAAUUUUGCUGCUGCGGCGAAUUCAGUGUUCCAUACCCCCUCAUUGUCUGCUUUGAACGUUUCUAGUGCCCAAACAGCAGUUACAGCGGGUAACAUACGUAAUAAAUAUACCAGAUUAUCGAAUACCACAACAACCACGUCUUCAACAAAUCCUAACUCUCUUGCUGCCAAACGUACUCGUUUGGAUGGAAUGUUAGGUAAUACUGGUAAUCAUAAUUUUAGCUCGAACUCGUCUUUACCUGCUGGGGCUAGAGGACAGAAUUUAGUGUCACUUGUUUCUGCAACGGAUAGCCUCAUACCUCCAGCAAAUCGUCGCCAGUCAUCAAACUCUGGUCCUGUUCGUUCUGUGUCCGAUCAAUCAACCAGCAACUCUUUAGUGCGUAAUCGAAUUAUGACGUCUACUUCCUCUCGCACAACAAACUCAUCCACAACCAGUUCAAAUCAAAAUUCACAACCCGUGGAAAAAAAUUCCGACGUACAUCUAAAUCGCACACAAAAUCUAGUCCAUUCCUUCGAAUCUGACCGUCCUACUGUUCAACAGCCCAAUCGUACAGCCUCAUCGACAAAAAGUAGUAGUCCUCAUUCAAGUGUCCAUUCACAUUCAGAGGAUAUUCUGAUAUGUGGACGUUGUCGUCGUUUAUUCGAACAAGUUGAUGAACUUAUUUCACAUAAAAUGGCUGGUUGCAGUUUGGAUAAAGAUAGCGGAGCUAGUUGUCGUUGUCGAGCCGUUGGUGAACCAGAGAAUUUAGAAUGUGCAUAUUGUGGUGCCAACUUUUCAACUGCUUGGGGACUGAUGCAUCACUGUCAUAGUGAUCAUUUUUUGACUAUAUAUGCCCUUCCAUCACCUCCUCCAUCUCCUUCUGCAUCAUCCAAUUCUCCGUCUUCUGAACUUUCUUCAAUAGUUUCUCGCCGAUCUAACAAUGAAGGGGAGAAUUUGUCUGAAAAAUCUAUGAGAUCAAAUUCUCAUUCAGAUAGAUCAAAUCAUACAGGUAAGCACGCUACAUCACUUGUGAGGCAAAACAUAAAACCUGAGCAUCCUACAUUCGAUAACCACCAUUCUUCCAGUUCACAUAGUAUUGAAGAAAAUCGUGAAAAUAGCGACUGGGAUGCGGAGGAGGAGGAUGAGAAUAACGACCGCAGCGGAGGUAAUACUCCAACACUGGAAUCAGUGCAUAAUGGAAAAUUUAGCUCACCGGACAUCCCGAGAGAUCACUCAUGUGAUCAGUCAGAUACAAGAUCUACAUCUGGUGCUUCAGAUUCAGAAAUAUCAAAUGAAAUUCGUAGCAAGCGGUUACUGAAAUCAAGAUCUCCACCCUGUCCUCGAAGAAGUCGUGGUAGUGAAUAUGGCCGUCAUGAGACUGUAGAUGACGAUGACUAUGCUGAUGACGAUUCAGAGCCUGGUAAUAUAAAAACUGAAUAAUUACUCAGACCAAUGCUACCACCACAACAGCAACAAUCAUAUUUCAAGUUUGGUUCUACAUUUAUUCAAUUUUCAUUCAUUCAUUUAAGAAGUAAUUAUAAUUGUUUACUCGUAUAUGUGCACUCGUGUUAUGCACCAUCAAUACUAGUGUUGAUGUAUGAAAACCAUCUUCAGCUGUGUGAAUUGUCUUAUUCAUCUAUUCAUUUGUCUGUCUACCGACCACUUGUCUUCAUCAUUUAUUAAUGAAUAACAAAUUUAUGAAGAAAAAAAGAUAAUUCUUCGAAGCAUUCGAAUAGCCUACCGUCUAUUGACUCUUCACAUUGUAUUAUGACAUUUAUGUUUCAUUUGUUUGUCUUACAUUAUAUUCACUGUCAUACUGUCUAUUAUUAUUAGUUUCCAAUGGUGUCAAACAUCAUUGUCAAUUUUAUGUCACAACUAAAUUAUAUUGAUAAGUAUCUAUGAAAAUGAUCUAUUUACAUUACAUACACAUGUAAGUGUUUCUUCUAUCCUAUAUAUGUGCUUAUCUUCUUCAUUGUUUCAUUAUCUUAUAAUGUUGCAUACAAAAUUGAAAAAAAUAAAAUAAAUUUUUAUUCUUUACUACACAUUUUUGUUGUUUGUUAUUUUGUUUUGUUUCUCGUAAUGUUUUUUUCGGAUUACUAUUUGUCUAUGUGGGAUCUAAUUCAUCUUGAUUUGAGAGGACUAUGUGACUACCGUAUGUAUUAUCUACAUUUUUUUGUAAAUUACCUAGUUUUAUUUUCUGUCGGCAUUGUAAUGUAAUCCGAUAAUGUCACUCUGUGUGUUCAGUCGGUUUAUAAUGAUACGCUAGUCGCGCGACACAUUUUCUUGUAGUUGGUUUUUGAUACAUAGGCCAUUUCCACAAUAGUCAAUAAAUUAGUGGAUUUCAUCUUUAUGGAUAACUUGUUUUUCUUUUCAAAUCUGAAAGUUCAUGGGUUUUCAUAUUUUUACUCCCCGUAUACUCAUGUGUUUUUAUGGAGCGUUGUGUUAUACUUUUCUAAAUUUUGUAUAUAAUAGUUUUUUAAAAAUGGUUAAGCCAUUUAUUCAUUUUUCUGAGCGGUGUUUAUGUCCUCAUAUCUUCGAAUAUUUCAUCAGAAAUUAUCUGAAGUAUUAUCGAUUAUCAACUUGUUAACAAAGAAAAGAUAAUAUAUGCAAUGAUUUUCAAACUGUACAGGACACUUUCGAAUAUUUUCAAAACUCCAUUACUAUCAAUCUUAAAAUGCUAAAAAUGCCAUUCAUCCUAGGUUUUUAUAUACUUGUAGUGUAUAGUGGUUUUUGUUACAUAUUCUUGUUUAUAUACCUUAUCUCAAAAGUUGAAAGUUAAUAUUUUUCCAGUAUAGUCGCUUGUUUGUCGUAAUUCGGAGGAUGUAUCUUGUUCGUGUUCAUACCAUUUUGUUCAUAUAAUAAUAAUAAUAAUAAUAUGUCUAUGAGUUAUAACUACCCGGUUACAUUUUUUUAAUUUUUAGUCUUAUGUUUACCUUUAUUAUAUUCUCUUAAUUGUUUUCUUUGAAGGGAAUCCUUCAUCUCUCUAAAUUUACCAGUAGGCUUAUUUUUUUUAUAAGUUUAGCUGACAAAAUGCAUAUUUCGUUUCUUGUGACACUGCAUUAAAAAAAGAAGCAGUAGUGAGUUUUAUAAUCUCAACACGUUUAAGAUAACAUUGCCUCAGCAUAAUAAAUUUCCAACGUUUACAAGUAAAUAUAAUGUCUAAUUUGUAUAUAAUUAAUAAUACAUUAUAUUGUCAAGAGUGAUUACUUUGUUUUACGGAAAUGAAAAUACAAUUCAUCAAAAAAGGCAAUCCACCUUUGAAGUACUUUUUCAAAUUUUCUAUGUUUCAUAACUGAUAGAUACUUAUCGUAACUUCACUUUCCAAUAAUUAUUGAGAAUACUACAAAAAAGGGUCAAUGAAUGAUUCACCCCUAUGUUGAACAGUUUACAUUAGACAGGUCGUCCUUUGGCGAACUCCACCGUAUAUUUGUAAUAUCAUGGAUUUUGUCAUUCUCCACUGUGGUUUUUAUCGAUUCACUAUAAAACACAAGCAUCCACUAAUUUUCUGUUAUUUGAAGCAAUCCUUUCUCCUGUUUUUUUUCUUUUAAGUUAUUAAGACUUGAAAUUGUGACUACUAUGACGAUUGAAAAUCUUUUAAAUAAGCAGAGAAAACAGAUAAGAUACAUUAAACCCUACUUAACCUACUUAUCGAUAACAGUAUCAUUUUAAUAAUAUUUGGGAAGUACGUCAGGAAAUAGAUUUUAACUGCAUUUAUUCAUCUCACAAACUUUGAAUUCUUACGGUUUUUAUAUGUAUCUUUUUCUAUCCAACUCUCCAUCUACCCAUUCUAGUAUUUUUUUUCACUUUUAUGAAACUCAAGUACAACAAAUGCUGUUUGAGUUUGUCAUCAAAAUGUUGCAUUGUUCACCUCUAGGUAUUUAUAUUUUCCAUUUAAUUGAAAUGCUUAACAUUAUUUCCUAUUCAGUGUAGACAGUGUCAGUUGUUAAUAAAUUAAAUCCAACAACACAUGAUGGAAUGAAAUGAAUGUCUUUAUUUUCCCAUAAUUAAUUUCUUGUAUAAAGAUAGGAAAUUUAAAUGCACAUUUUGUCUAGUUAAGUAAUAUAUGUUUGUGUCAAC